AUGCUGAUCAAUGGCGUCGUAAUUAAUCAGGCCGUGCUCUCGAAGUUUUUGCAAAGGGUUCCAGAAGAGACUGCUGAGUCUGUGAACAAGCUCCUCAAUCCGGACGACCAGCAGAACGUACCCGCUGCAGUUGGGUUGCUGGAGAGUAUUGUAUCCCUUCGAAAUCUCGAUCCAGCGACUUUCACAGACCCUGCCGAUCAUAUAACAUUCCGCGCUCUCUUGAUUCUCAGCGAGUUAUGGGAUGCAUUCCUUGGAGCCUUUCUCAAUGAAGCGGACAGUCUAUCGGAGCAGCUAGCGUCACUGUCCAAGUUUGCUCACCUCGCAUACGCCCUCUAUAUCCACCACGGCUCCGCCUUCAUGCCAAACCCACUGUUCAGUGACUCUCAAGCUCUCGUAAAGGCGGCAUUCGUCUGUGUCGUGCGCCAGCAGGAUCUCGACCCGCUAGCGCUUUUUUUCUUAUUUCUGCUGGGCAGCGAUCGACUGGAGCAGCUCUUUGCUGAAGUACGAACCCAGUGCCAUGACCGCAAUUGUGACAUCAAACAACUCUGCUCGCGUCUGGGUAUUGCUGUUGACAUGCUUAUGACACUGAACCGGUAUCCGAGCUGGGAUCGUGGCCAUCGCCGACGCUCAUUUCUUCGCAACGGCGGUGUUGACCAUGUGAACCCGCUCCGCUUUAAGGGGGAUCUCGUCGCUGGACACGUAAAUCUGCAACGGUCAUGGGAUGAAGGUCGAGCCGGAGCUGAGAAA